CAGAGCCGAGUAUUUCUGCCUUGUCAAGGCGGGAGACGGCCUCUGGGGACAAGAUGGCCCAGUGUAGGGACAAGGCUCCUUGCCCCACUCAAUGUGACCCCAAGCUCCAGUCAAAGCUCUUCCGUUCAGCCUCCACUUUCUUCUCCUGAGUCAACGUGCCUCUGCCGUUCAGUCUAUCACAGCCGCUCACCAACCCCGUCUUCCGUGGUUAACAAAGUCACCCUCCUAGAGGAGCGAUGCAUCACUGUUCAUCUUUGGUUCCCUAACCAGGGACAGUUGAUGGCUGCUGUUGAGUCUCCCCUGUGACUGACAGGUGACACCAACUGGGAUUCCUAUGCUACCACAAUGAAGACAGCAUUCACACCUAAAACAGGAAUGGUGCCCAGUUUAAUACGUCCAAAGAGCAUCAGAAGACUAGGAUAUACCUACUCGCUUAGUGAUCCUAUUCUGAAUCAGACACAUUACAAUGAAGAAUAUUCCUGGAAAACAUAUGCUAAAGAAAAGAUGAUAAAAAGUGGAACUUCGAGAGGAAUAAGGACCCAUAAAGCUCAUCUCGGUCAAGAAUUCUUCCAGUGGACACUCCCUAAAGGGAAACCAGCCCACCCCCUCCCUUGGAUAGAGGCUCCAUCCAUGGAAAAAGUCCGGGAGGCGAUAGCAAAUCAAUUUAUUUCCCAUACCAAGAGGGACUUCGUGGAUGUGGCUCAAGCUAAGAAGACCAUGAAAAAGUUUCCCACGUCCCUGGACUGGAAAGCGUUCCUUCCUCGACCUCUGGACACCGAAUUCCGGCACCAUUACCAAAUUCCAGCUAAGAUUCCCGAAUUGCAGGAUUUUAGUUUCAAAUAUGGAUGCUACUCAGGCCUGCCUGUUGCUUCCCAGGGUCUGGUGCCCUCUGUACUGCACAGCUAUAUCCGGAACCAGGAGCGUACAAAGCAGCAGACCACGUAUGAGAACGACUACGGGAAAAACUGCCUGGACUUCUUGAUGAUCUUAGACUCAUUCAGCCCCUCCCAAAUCAGCAGGUACCUGGAAAGUGUUUCCAACAAAGACAGGCAAAUUCUGGAUCGCUUCAUCCGUUCUCAUUGUGACGCCAAUCAGGGGGCAAACGAGAAAGGAAAACAAAGUUACACGAAGAGACCCUGAGGCCAGCGACGUGCCC